AUGUCUUCCAAAUCGCCCCCUCCACCCCCCAAAUGGGUGGUCGAACUGAACUCUCCUCCACCCCGUCCGUCACCAAAGGCGUCCAAAAUUCCCGAUCCACCAGGCUACUCGAGCAGGCCGACAGGCAAGCAGCGCGUUACGCAGCAAUCCGCACCUGCGCGCCGUCCCGUCGAAACCGACACGCUGAAGCUCAAGAAGGCAUGGGAGAUCGCCCUCGCACCCUCGAAACAGAUCCCCAUGAACGCGAUCAUGAUGUACAUGUCCGGCAACAGCCUGCAGAUCUUUAGCAUCAUGAUGGUCUUCAUGCUGUUCAAGGGCCCCAUUCAGGGCCUGCUCAACACGAAUGCCGCCUUUGCGAAGUUCGAGACGGAUGCGACCCGCGCCAAGCUGAGGGGGGCCAAGGCCGUGUAUGUGCUGAUGCAGCUGGUGCUGCUGGGUCUGGGCGUGUGGAAGGUCAAUGCAAUGGGAUUGUUGCCGACUACAAGAUCUGACUGGCUUGCAUGGGAGUCCGAGAGAGAGCCAUUAGAGCGCGCUUAUUUUGCGUUUGGGUAG